UGCCCUGAGCGCCAAAUCAGAAGAUUGUCCUAACAAUUAACAAAUGCUAUUUAGCAUUAUAAAGCCGACCACUUACUCAUAGCCAUAGGCGCAUAGCUCGCACGCACCCACCCAAGACACUAGUCCACUCAUCUACGUUUCUCUCGGCCGGCCGGCCGGGGCUUGCACGCGCGAGACGCCAUGGAUGGGCAGGAUGGCGGCCAGAGGACGAAGCCCGACGGGAACCGGAACCCCAAGAGAGGCAGCAUCAUCAAGACGAUCAUCGCCGACUGGACCGGCGGCGGCGGAGGGGGCACCGCCACAGCUUCCGCUGGCGGCGGCGGCGGCGGCGGAAAAGACAACACCGGCAACGGCGGCGGCUCCUAGCGACCAAGCAUGGCUGCGCGCGUACGUACGACGAUAUGGUUAGUUUGAGCCUAUGCAGCUAUAGUGGACUGCGGAAUAAUGCCUCUCGUUGUACGUGUGGCCGGGUUGUGUAGCUGAAUUGUGUUCUUUAGCUCUUGAUUAAGCACUCAUGGUUGCCGCACGCGCCGGGCAUCUAAGAAAUGCUUCGGUCUAUGGAUGGAUGUUACUAUGUUAGCCCCCAUUGUUGCACCUAAACCUAAUGAGUUUAUUUUCCAUC